GAAGAUACCCCUACCCAACGUACACUUACUACCUGUAGUAAGCUUUAUAAUGGUAGAGAACAAUUUGUUCUCGACUUUGUUAAAUUGUUUGCCAAAGCUGACAUACCUUUUGAAAAAAUAUACUAUUUUCAACCUUUUUACAAGAUCAUUGCAAAUACG